AUAGUAAAGAUUCCUGUCGUCGGCCGAAGAAAGAAAAAAAAAGAAAAAAACGCCGGACCGGAAGUGUUGUUUCCUCCGCUGUUGACGGAACAGCUCACGGUGAACAGAGGGAGCGGAGGCUGGAGAACAGACACCGACGACAGGUUCAUCACCGGAGCAUCACACGGUUAAACAGUUUUUUCUCUCUCUAAUCUCAGGACAUGUCUGUCAGGAUGGAAAUGGAUCUCAGUGGCGUUUCCCGGACACACGUCUCCAUUUGUCCUGCGGCUGAGAUCAAAGCCACGCUGAAACCAGAAGCAGAGAGACCUCGCUGCUCCAGCACGCCGUGUUCCCCCAUCAAAGCUGGGUACCAGAUCCUGCACAUGGACUCCAACUAUCUGGUGGGCUUCACCACCGGCGAGGAGUUGCUCAAACUCGCCCACAAGUGGUCCGAAGGUCCCCCGGAGAAGAGUCCAGUAUCAGAGGCGGUGCCCGGCCCCGUCCAGAGCGCUGUCCCCAAGUCUGCGGACCUGGGCGUCCACCGCUCAUCGAGAAUCUUCAAAGCCAAAAAUCGCUACUAUCAACCGUACGACAUCCCCGCCGCUAACGGGCGGAGGCGGCGGCGUAUGCCAAGCUCGAGUGAACCUGCCAGGAGCCUGCACAGCCCACUGCCACUCUGUCUGCUCAAAGGAAAAGGCGCCCAGUCCAAGUCUCUGGAUUACCUUAAUCUGGACAAAAUCAGCAUCAAAGAGUCGUCGGACACUGAGGUGUUACAGUACCAGCUGCAGCACCUGACCCUGCGAGGAGAGCGCGUGUUUCCCAGAAACAAGACAUGAAACGCACUGGACGGCCUCUUUUUUUGUGUUUUUUUUGUUGAUUUCUUGGUUGUUGUUUUUUCAGGCGUCCCUCGCCCUGUGAGGUUUUAGGUGCUAUUUCCAGCUCGGUUUCUUUGUACUCAGAUUAUAAAGCAGUUCUUAACGAAGACAGUCUCAUAAUCCAGUUAAAUGAUUAACUGCCGGGGUUUUUAACCUCGUGCCGUACAGGUGACGUCGUGAGGGAAAUCACUUAAAUCAGUCCUCACAAUGAAACGAGGCCCUGAACGCCUCGUUUCCACGCAGGUCUGCGUCUGUUCAGAUGUUUAUUUAUAGUUCUUCAGGAGGAGCCAGUGACUGUACAUUCAUAUCACAUAGUUCAUAAAAGCAUUAAAGUCAUGUUUUAUGGCUGACUUCUUGCCAUUGGGCUGUUGCUGCUGUUAGCAUUCCCCUCUUUUUCCUUUUUUUAGUUGGGGGUGUUCCAGUUGUAGUCAGAAGUUGGAAUUUCCGAGUUGAGGGGGCGUUCCAGUUGAAGGGAAGUCAGAUUGCAGACAUUUUGGACACAAACUCACAAACCCUGACAUAGGAAUGAUUCCAAGAUAGCUGUCGCUUUGGUCUUAUUUGUUUUACGUUAAGUCAGAUUUGUUUUACGAUAAGUCAGUCAGACACAUAUAAAAUGUUUUUUUAGUCGUGGACAUGUUGCUCCACUAUUUCUAUUUGCAAAAUACCAUGUAGAGUGUUGUUACGACUACUAACAGUGACUAGCCUGAGAUACGUUAGUAUUUGCGACUAACCAACUUUGGACGUGUUGCUAAACCACUUGCAUGUACAAAUUAACGUGUACAGCGCUUGUUAUCUUCUUUUAUUGCUAAAAAAGGCUAACCUGAGUUUUUUUUUUUCAACUGGAACGCAAUGAAGUCAGCGGUGACAUCUCUUACAGUUCCGACUUUCAGGUGUAAACCAGAUACAAGUAGGAACUUUCCAUUAGAGCGCCCCCUGAAGUUGUAUUUUCAGCUCUUUAUGCGACAAAUUUAAGAUGGCUGCUACGAUGAACUGUCCCACCGGUGUCUGUGGACAUGUUGCUAAGGUGUCUUCAUUUUUAAAAUGGACUAGAUUAGCUUGAAAGUUAGCAAACCUAGCUAUAAUGAUAACAUUAACACACUCUUUGUCACAGGAAGUUAGCUGAAAAACAAG